CCCCGUGCUCCUUCCUUCCGGCAGAGCGGGGAGGGGGAGAGGAGCUGCCCAUAGGCAGAGCCAGUGUUGCUCUGCUCCAGGCUCCUCUCCUGCCCCUUCUCUGCUCAGCUCCAUGGAGAAGCUCCUGCACCUCACCUUGGUUUUCCUGUCAGCAUCCUGUGCUGCAGAGAACGUCACCGUGGUGGCCGCCAUGGAGGGCGACACCAUUUCUGUCAACUGCUCCUACGACCCCCGGCAGUGGUGGCGGGAGAAGAGCUGGUGCCGGCAGCUGGACGAGAGCCGGUGCCAGCACGUGGUGAGCGCCCCGACCCUGUGGCUGCCCUUCCCCAGGAACAGGAGAGGCACCACCUCCAUCAGGGACAACGCCCGCGCCGGGCUCCUGACCGUCACCAUGAGGCGCCUGCGGAAGGAGGACGCGGGGCUGUACCAGUGCAAAACGGAUUUCCUGGGGGACACCAGGAGCCUGAGGAAGGUGCAGGUGGAAGUGCUGGCAGCAGCCAGCCUGGUGACCCACGUGCCAGAGGAGCCCAGAGCUGUGCAGAGCAUCUCCAGGUCCCGUCCCAAAGUGGAUUUCACUGUUUUCUACAUCCUCGCUGGAUUCCUGGUGGCCAAGUUCAUGGUGGCUGUGCUGCUCUGUGUCAUUGGCCACAGCAGGAAGAACAGGGAAAGAGGGCAGAACCCAGGCCUGGGAGAGCAGCAGGUGCUCCCGUUCCCUGCUGACCUCAGACACGGUGGAAUCGGCCUCUCCUGGGAGAGCUCUGCAUGAGCCAAGCCAAAGGGAAUCCAUGGGAAAGGAAAAUCAAGCGUUUGCCACCUGCUGUAAGAAAAGGAUGGCUCCUAAACACAGGUCUGGAAGAGCCUGUCACUCUGGAGAGGGAAUGUCACCAUCUUCUUCAUCACCUCUUCCCCCUGGCACCACAUCCCCAGGCAGUUAUUCCAAAUAUCAUUGCCAGGACCAUCCCAUCACGGUUGGAACUGACACCCAUCAACUCCCUGUCACCUCAGGGCAGAGCCAGGUGACAGAUUCUGUCUUUCCAAGGUGAGGAAGAGCAGCUCCCAAAAGCUGCUUUGGACAGUGGGGAUGCUUGGAGAAAAUCCCUGAGGAGAAGGGUAAGGAUCUGCAGGAUUUAUCAGGAAGGGAUGUGGUCUCCUUGCAGCUCUAGCCGGCGUCCUCCUCUCUGAAGGGACUUUGUGAACGCAGGAGCUGUCUCUCUCUGUCGUUCUCCCGGUAUUUCCUCUCCCAUGUGAUGGUUGUUCAUCCCUCCCCACAGUGAAGCUGCACUCAGCUCUCCCGGGCUCCAAACCCAUGGGCACUCACAUUUCUUUUCCCUGCAAAGCUGAAUAAAAUCCGGCUGAUUCCCUG